AUGGGGCGGGCGGCCGGCGGCUCUGCUGCGACACUCACAAUUACUUGUGUCUUGGCCAAUCCUAUAUCAACCUCUUCCAAGAACGAUUACCUAAAGAAACUCAGCAGAAUUGUUGGGGGAAGUGAUGCCAAUGAUGGGGAGUGGCCCUGGCAAGUCAGUCUGCAGUAUUACGGAAGCCAUAUUUGUGGUGGGACGCUGAUCUCCAACCAGUGGGUGAUGACUGCUGCUCACUGUGUGGAAUGGACAAGUGAUUAUUACGGCUUUUCGGUCGUCUUGGGCAUGUACCAGCUGAAUACUCCAAGCUUCCAGGAGAUUCGACGCUACUUGGAUGAGGUCAUUAUUCAUCCUGACUAUACUGGAGUCUUGACCAGAGGGGACAUCGCUCUACUGAAGCUCUCCGCGCCCGUCAGCUACACCCCAUACAUCCAAGCCGUCCGGCUUCCAGAUGAAACGUCCAACUUCCCCUGUGGCUUGGACUGCUGGACCACAGGCUGGGGGGCCACAAACAGUGGCUCGCAGCCUGAAAAUGGGACCCUGCAGGAGGUGGAGGUCCCUCUAAUAGACCAUGUGACAUGUGACCAGUUUUAUCAUGUCUGGUCCUCAGUGAAUGCAAGCACCGUUAUAAUCCAUGACUACCAGAUCUGUGCUGGGUACCUAGAUGGUAAGAAGGACUCUUGUCAGGGAGACUCUGGAGGGCCUCUGGUGUGUAAGGUGCAGGGUUCCUGGUACCAGGUCGGUAUUGUCAGCUGGGGUUUAGGAUGCGGUUCUCCAUACCGCCCUGGAGUCUACUCUCUUGUGUCGAACUAUCAGCAGUGGAUCCAGCAGUAUGUGCCCAAUCUGAAGUUUACGAAGCUGACGAACAUCCAUCCAGACAUGAAAUGCUUGGACCUCCCUCCCGAUGCAGCUUCUCCUGCAAAUGGCAUUCUCCAGAAGGUGUCAGUUCCUCUAAUUAACUAUAAGACGUGCGACCAGUUGUAUCAUGUAUCAUCAGCUGAGAAUGCCAGCCAAGUCGUGGUCCAUGACUAUGAGAUUUGUGCUGGAUACGUUGAUGGAAAAAAAGAUGUUUGUCAAGACCUGGAGCACAAUAUGUUACUAUACCAACCUCAAAGUCACCUGCAAGAGAGAGAAGUGUUAGCAAGUGAAGAUGAGAUGUCCAUGAUUUAUAGCAAACGAGGAUCUACAGCUCAACAUGACUGCAGAUCACCAUGA